AUGGUUGUGGUGGUGGCGGUGGUUGUACCGGUGACGGUGGUGGUGACAGCAGCGGUGGCAGUGGCGAUGGUGGUGGUGACAGCGGCGGUCACGUGUUGGUGGGUGGUCUGUGGCGGCGGCGGUAGUGGUGGUGAUGGAAACGGUGGUAGUGGCGAAGGUGGUGGUGGUGGUGGCGGUGGCAGUUGCGGUGGUGGUGGUUACGAUGAUAGUAGUGGUGGUGGUGGUGGUACCGGUUGUGGUGGUGGCGAUGGCGGCCGUGGUGGCAACGGUUGUGGUGGUGGUGGUGAUAGUGUUGGUGGGUGGUCCAUGGCGGCAGCGGCGGUAAUGGUGGAGGUGGCGGUGGUCCAUGGUGGUAGCAGCGGUUGUGGUGGUGGUGGGUUUUCUGAUAAGUAA